AUGAACCUCCGCGGCGAGACUCCGGGGACCGUACUUGAGAGUGCCGUGAAGAACGAAGUUGUUGGAGGUGUCCUGCACGGAAGCAUACGCCGUGCUCAGGGACUAAGCGGAGAUCUGUACGAGGAGACGAACCCCGCGCUCGACCACGUCCCCGGCUCGUCAUGGCUCGAGAAGACGGUUGAGGCGGACGAGUGCCUGCCGUACCUCGUGCGCAUCGCCAUCCGGAGCUGCUGGACCAUCCUCAUCUCGUAUGCCACUGCCGAGGUCCUCCACUCCCUCAUUCCCGCCGCCGCCCUAUGCUCUGGGCAGCUCAUACACAUCCUCCAAACUACGAUCGACACCCGCACCGUCGACGGCGACGCCCUCUUCCGCAUUUCUCUCGCCGGCCGUCGCCCGCCGCGUCCUCAGCCCCAGAUCCGCGAUAACGUAGCCCUCGGCGACCCCACGAACUUCCGCAACGACGAUCGCGUCCCUACCGCGCUAGAGCUCCGCGGCGCGCGACUGCUUCGCGGGCAUGCCUUAGGGCGCGACUUUGCUCUUCGGCCGUCCGAUCGACUGCUCGGGCGUGCGCAGCGCAGGGGGUAUGGCGGCGCGCCAGGGCGGGGCGGCGCUCAGCGGCGGGCAGAUGCAGCACCUCGCGGUCGCGCGGACGUUCAUGCGCGCGGUCGUCGCCGAGGAUGGGCGCGGGCGCGCGGGGGGCUGUUAACGCUGUUGGACGAGCCGAGCGCGUCGCCGGACCCGACGGCGGAGCAUGAUCUGUUCGGGAGGCUGAGGGAGCUGCGGGGGAACAAGACGUCGCACAGGUAUAUGAACGACUCGGUGAUCGUGGAGGAGGGCACACAUGACGAGCCGAUGCAGAAGCGGGGAGCCUUGUACCGCCGGCUCUCGGCGGAGCGGAUCGUCUUCACGAGCCUCGCGGAACAUCUCUCGAAUGGAAGCGAUCAAGACACCGGUGCGGUUGGGCCCCAGCUGGUCAGAACGUUCGCCCCCGAAGAGCUCGGCCGUAUGCGUGUUCCGGGAGGGCUCACGGGGUGGAUCUGA